AUGAAAGCACGUACUGUACCAUUUGCCCUCCGAGAUAAAGUAGAUAAAGAGAUUGAUCGCUUAGAAAAGGAAGGAGUCAUUAGACCUGUAUCUUACUCAGAUUGGGCUUCACCAGUUGUACCAGUACUUAAAGCAACAGGUGAAGUUCGCAUAUGUGGUGACUACAAACAAACUUUAAACAAAGCCUUAUGUGUUGACAGAUACCCAAUACCCAAUGUUGAAGAUUUGUAUGCAAAGCUUGCUGGGGGUAAAUUCUUCACUAAGUUAGAUUUGAGUCAUGCUUAUCAGCAAUUGCUAUUGGAUGAGGAGUCACAGAACUUGACAGCCAUCAAUACUAACAAAGGUAUAUAUGCAUACACACGUUUACCCUACGGUAUAUCAGCAGCACCAGGUAUUUUCCAGAGAACCAUGGAACAGACAGUCCAAGGCAUAUCAAUGACAGCAGUUUAUAUCGAUGAUAUACUGGUUUCUGGACUUACCGAAAAAGAGCAUGAAGAGAAUUUAGAUGAAGUUUUGGAUCGCUUAGACAAAGCUGGACUCAAACUAAAACGAGACAAGUGUGUGUUUAAGAAACCAUCAGUCACUUACCUAGGACAUUGCAUUGAUGCUACUGGUAUUCGUCCUACAGAAGAAAAGGUGGCAGCCAUACAGAAAGCUCCAGUGCCUCAGAACAGAGAAGAGCUUAAAAGUUAUUUAGGUCUCUUAAAUUACUAUCAUAGGUUCUUGAAGAAUCUUAGCACUGUUUUGGCACCACUGUAUCAACUUGGACAACAGAACACCAAGUGGCAGUGGGGGAAAAGUCAGCAGGAAGCAUUCAGCAAAUCAAAGGAACUAUUACAGUCGUCUCAACUGUUAGUACACUAUGAUAGUGGUUUGAAACUAACCUUGGAUUGUGAUGCUUCUCCAUAUGGCAUUGGAGCAGUACUUUCCCAUAGAAUGCCAAAUGGAAUGGAACAGCCCAUAGCUUUUGCCUCUCGCACACUAGCACCUGCAGAGAAGCGAUAUGCCCAGAUAGAACGUGAAGGACUAGCAAUUGUGUUUGGUGUUACCAAAUUUCAUAAGUACCUAUAUGGGCGUGAAUUUAGCAUCAAAACAGAUCAUAAGCCAUUACUUGGUCUGUUAAAGGAAGAUAAAGCUAUAUCACAGUUGGCAAGUGCCAGAAUUCAGCGUUGGGCACUUACACUAGCCAAUUAUCAAUACCAGUUAGAGUAUAAACCAGGAUCUAAUAUGGGAAAUGCAGAUGGAUUAAGUCGCUUACCCAUAAAGGAACAACCAGGCAGUGUACCUGUCCCUGAAGAGGUGGUUCUUACAUUAUCAACACUAGAUGGAUCACCAGUAACGGCUGAGCUUGUAGCAAACUGGACAGCAAGAGAUCCAGUAUUAUCACACAUCUUAAAGUGGGUAACCCAAGGUUGGCCUGAGCAGGUGGAGGAACAACUGCGACCGUAUUUUAGACGCAAACAAGAACUCUCAGUUCAGCAAGGAUGUAUUUUGUGGGGGUCGCGGGUAAUAAUUCCAGCUCGGGCUCGUGAAGCUAUCUUAGAGGAACUUCAUGAAGGUCAUCCUGGUAUAGUGCGCAUGAAAGCUUUGGCCCGAAAUUACCUAUGGUGGCCAGGGUUAGAUGCUGAAAUCGAUGACAGAGUUCGCAGUUGUACAGCAUGCCAGGAUUCUACGAAAUCCCCAACUAAAGCACCAUUACAUGCUUGGGAAUGGCCUAACCAGCCAUGGUUCCGACUGCACAUAGAUUUUGCAGGUCCAUAUGAAGGUAAAAUGAUAUUAAUCAUUGUUGAUGCUCAUAGUAAAUAUAUAGAAGCUCACGUUAUGCCGACAGCAACAUCCACAGCAACAAUCAACAAAUUGUACCAAACAUUUGCUACGCAUGGUCUACCGCACGUGAUAGUAUCAGACAAUGGUACUUGUUUCACCAGCGAAGAGUUUAGAUCCUUUUGUAAAACAAAUGGAAUAAAGCACAUCACAACAGCUCCUUACCAUCCUGCCAGUAACGGGUUAGCUGAAAGAGCUGUACAAACAGUCAAGGGAGGUCUCAGAAAGUCUUCAGGAUGUUUAGAGUCCAGAUUGUAUCGGUUUUUGGCAAGAUACAGAAUCACGCCACAGACUACCACAGGACAGAUUCCUGCAGCAUUACUUAUGCAUAGACAUCCAAGAUCAAGACUUGAUCUUGUGCAACCAUCACUUCAGACACGAGUAUUGCAUAACCAGGGAAAGAUGAAAGAGAAUUACGAUACAAAAACAAGGGAUUACACCUACUUCCUUGGGGAUUCGGUAUUUGCUAUGAAUUAUGCAGGAAAACCAAAAUGGAUACCUGGAGUAAUUGAAGAGAAGUGGGGAUCACUAACAUUCCUAGUUAGACUUCAGGAUGGAAGAGUUUGGAAAAGACAUCAAGAUCAGCUUAGAUCUAGAUUGCCAUCAGAGGAAAUUACGCAAAGUGACCAAACUCAGAGUAAACCGAAUAUGGUACCUGUACCAAUACGGAUGCCUUCUAUCUCGCCAUCAGUGCCAGUUCCUAAACAGGAUUCGUCAUCAUUGAAACCGGAAGAACUUGUAGAGAAUGUAUCACCUCCAACUACUAACAAAUCUACUACAUUGAAAGAUGAGACAACAGAUCCUAUAAAUGAACAAUCUUCAGAAACUUCUGCCUCGGUGCCAGAAGUGCGUAGAUCUAGUCGUCAGAGGAAAUUUCCAGAUAAAUAUGAUAUGUAUGUUUAG